AUGCCAGUACCAUCUGAGAAGACUUUCGACCUUCAAUACUCCCUUCCAAUGACGAGAAAGGACAAAGCAAACUACGAUACUCUUCCAGAUACAACUUUAGACGACGACUUGGACUUCUUCAAUAGUGGUAUGGCUGGCACGGGCAACUCCAGCCCAUUCAUCAAGGACGAGCCAGAGGACUUCAAUUACCUCUCGCACAACUUCUCGCCCAACCAGCGGAGCCAGAAUAUGAGCUUCGGACAGCAAUUCGGUCAAGGCUCCACAGGCGACAUUGAUCCUUCGGAUCUUGCAAUGCCUAAUGGUAAUUACGGCCAAUACGGCUCCAGUUCUCAACAGACCAUGUCAAAUAGUAUGACCUUGGCCCACUCAGGCAUUGGCGACGAUGAGCUUCUGGACCUAGACCUUAAUGAAACCUCGUACCAGCCCAAUCUCCAGAAUGGGCAGCAUGGGUUUGGAGGUCAAGGCAACAUGCAGAACUUCUACCCAAGCCAGAGUCAUCCGGUAUCCAUAAACACGAACGGUCACAGCCAGAUGAACCAGAUGUACUCCAAUACGCCUGACGGUGGCCCAAUCCAUAGCCCAUUCACACAUGAUAACUUCAACUACGCUCAGUUCGCGCAGAUGCAGUCACACAUGCGUCCGAACGCCGUCAGUACCAACAAUUUCAACCACGGUCAGUCUGGGUCUUACAUGAGCCAGCCCAUGAAUCGACAAGCAUCAGACUCAAGAAGCCCAAUGACGCCCAAGACCCCGGGCGGGGACCACCUGGACCACAUACACUUGGGUACCCCUGAGUCUGGAAGCCUGCCAGCGCAGCCCCUGAGCUACAAUCGGAAGAGUCUUUCAGGCCAGUAUGACAGCACACCUGGCAGCAUCCAAUCGUACAACCUUGAUUCACCAAUGUCUUCCCCAAGUCAUCCUGCGAGCCACGCUCAGAUCUCCGAAGUCUUGAAAUCUGGCAAGCAUGCCUCACUACCUGCGAAGGUUGAGAAUGGCCAUCACCCAGCCCCGGCUUAUCAGAGCCAAGAAGCCAAGCGUCGUCGACGUCGUGAAUCUCACAACAUGGUGGAGCGUCGCCGCCGUGACAACAUCAACGAGAAGAUCCAGGAGCUUUCUCACCUAGUUCCCAUGCAUCGUCUCGAGGAUGAGAAGGUCCGCAAACACAUCAUGAACAAUUCUCCUCUCUCGCCCACCCUUACUGCUACCGGCCGAAGCCCUCCGCAAGCAACAUCUUUGCUUGCAGGAGGUGGUCGUCGUGCCACGGGUGGGGGCAGCAUAACUAUGGGCAUUCCACCAGAAGAGAAGGAUAAAGGUCCUAACAAAGGCGACAUUCUCAACGGUGCCGUUAGCUGGACUCGCGAUCUCAUGUGGGCACUGCAUGUCAAGAUGCAGCAAGAGCAGGAGCUCGCGGACCUGAUCGCACAACUUGGAGGCCAGUUUCCUUUUUCUCAGUCGGACGACGAGAGGCGCAUGCGCACCGAGCUUCUGAACGCUAUGCAGGAAAACGACCCAAACACAUUCUCAUACACGCGCACGGCCGGCAGUGGGCUGAGAGUGCCACAACACACCAACUCAGCUGGUGACCCUCUUGAUCCAGCCGCUAUGGGCACCCUGAGUCCUCAGAGCCUAAGCCCUGGUCAGCAGUCUGGCGGUGCCGACCACGGCCACCAACAAUACUGGAACCCGUCCUUCAAGGAAGAAGACGAGUACGGGAUGGAGAUGAACUGA